AGAAGCACUCAGUCCGGGCACGGUUCAGAAUGAUUCGUCAUCUGCUUGGCACAAGUUUCAUUUUCCUGCUUUGUUUUUUAAGACAAGCCCAUUUGCAUAGUGAUUUCAAUCCCAUUGAAAAUAAGUAUUUGGAUCUUUUUGAAGGUGAUAUAUUUCUUAGGAAUGGCUCCAUACAACUUGACAGAAAUGCGAUGCCUAAUAGGGAAGGACGAUGGCCAAACGGAGUUGUGAUCUAUCAACUGGAUGAAACAUAUACUGACGAAGAUAUAAAUAUGAUUCGAUCUGCAAUAUCAGAAUUUGAAGCACAGACUUGUGUAUCAUGGGUUGAAAGAACGGACGAAGACAUUUAUGUUGAAAUAGAAAAUGAUAUGGGAUGCUGGUCUGAGUUAGGAAGAGUAGGUGGAGUGCAAUCUUUGUCUUUAGAAGCACCCUUGUGCAUGAAAAAAGGAGUUGUGAUGCACGAAAUGAUGCAUACACUAGGUUUCUUGCACGAGCAAUCAAGACAUGAUAGAGACGACUAUAUAAACUUGAUUUGGGAGAAUAUCGUAGAAGGUAUGGAACAAAAUUUUGAAAAGCUUCCUCCGUGGCAAUUGGAUGAUUUGAGUUUGGAUUACGAUUACAAAUCUAUAAUGCAUUACAGCGCACAUAUGUUUGCCAAAGAUCGGUCAAAGCCAACUAUAGAACCGGUCAACCACAGAGUACCUUUGAACAAGCUGGGCUACGGACAAAAGCAAGGCGUUUUUUACCGACUUAGAUCUUCAAAAAAUUAAGAAAUUCUACGAGUGCUCAAAAAAGUAAAAUAAA